UUCAAGGAUCUGUUCGUGUUCGUGAAUCUGCUGUUCGCUCUCUCUCUUCUUGAUCUGUUGAAAAGAUCACCGGCGAGGAAGGAAAGAGAUAAAAGAGGGGGGAAGAAGAUGCACGAUUUCUGCUUCACGUUCCCGUAUGGCCUCCUCCUGGUGAUCGGAGGGCUCAUCGGCUUCCUGAGGAAGAAGAGCGUCGCCUCCCUCGCCGGCGGCGCCGGCACCGGCCUCCUCCUCGUCCUCGCCGGCUACUUGAGCCUCAAGGCCUUCGAGAAGAGGAAGAACUCCUACGCCGCGCUCGUUCUCGAGACCGUUUGUGCUGCCAUGCUUACCUUCGUCAUGGGACAGCGCUACCUCCAGACAUCUAAGAUCAUGCCAGCGGGUAUUCUUGCUGGGAUAAGUGCUCUGAUGACCGGGUUUUAUAUCUACAAAAUUGCGACCGGAGGCAACCAUUUCGCAGCCAAGGCUGAAUGAUGGCAUCUUGGAAAAUCGAAGAUCUUGACUAAAAAAUUACCAGGUGUAACUACUGUUGUUUUGUGUAGGUGCAAAAGAGAUCUUUCCUUUCUGACGAAUCCUGGUUUACAUCCACGGCAUUAGCCGUUAGUGUUUCUCACUCAAUUUUAAGGACUCAUUUUAGCCCUCUAUUGUACACGGAAUGAAAGUGCGAAAAACAUGUUUGGCUUGAAGUGUGAUCAUGUCAAGAUAUAGAUCCAGAAGAGAGUCCGCUUUUUGCAAUGUGCAUUUGAAUGGAAA